AUACAUGACGAACCAAGUGUAAACAAACAUUAAAAUUUCAAGCAUUAUAUUUUAUCUCUUCAAAUUAAAUAAAUAAAUACGUUUUUAUCAUGUCAUUUCGUAAACAGAAAAACUUACGUCAAAACAAUCGUGAUCGUGAUUCAAAUAAACAGAAUCAAAAAGGCGAAGAAUUGGAUACAAACAAUCCAAUUAUCAAACAGUUUCAAAUUUAUUCUGUGGAGUUAGAUGAUAAACACGAUCGGCAUGAACGAUUGGUAAAAGCAAGCAGAGAUGUCACAAUAGAAUCAAAAAGAAUUAUUUUUCUAUUGCAUAAUAUUGAUGCUCGUAAAAAUAAUAAGACUGCAGUUUUAGAAGAAGCAAAACAAAGAAUUGAAAAGCUCUGUACACAAAAUUUUCUAGUGAUUGCAAGAGAACUACAAGGAUAUGAUAUUUAUCAGUAUAUACGAGCGAUCUCUGCGGGCAUUCAGGAAUUUAUCGAAGCGUUCACGUUCUGUGAAUAUCUUCAAGAUAAAGAAUUAUCAGAUUGGAAUCAGAUUGAAAAACGUUUUAAGUACAAGACUGAAGACAAUAACGAAUACAAAUUUGACUUGAUACCUUGUGAGUUCAUGUUGGGUUUAGCUGAUUUGACAGGAGAAAUAAUGAGACAUUGCAUCAAUUCUCUCGGAUCAGGAGACACUGAUAAUUGUUUUAAAACAUGCAAAUUUCUCCAAAACAUUUAUUCGAAGUACCUCACACUUGAUUCAGUUCCUAAUCGUGGACGAGAUUUCUCACAGAAAAUGUCAACAAUGCGAGCAUCGACAUUAAAAUGUGAACAUGUUUGUUACAAUCUCAUGGUGCGUGGAACUGAAGGCUCAAAACUUGUAUCAUUUGAUGGAGCAACAGGUGUUGAUGCUGAUAAUGAUGAAGGAUUCUUCUAAAUGUAAUUCAAAGAAGAAUUAAGGAAAUAAAACAUUUUUUCAAUUGAAUA